AGGGGCUGAGAGGGGCGGAGGAGCGCAACGAAGGAAAGGGCGGGGGGAGGGGGCUGGUGUCUGUAACCACCGUUAUUGUUCCAGCAUCGUCACUCGCAUUUCCGUUUAGCAGCACUGUGUGUCGCCUGCACGAGCUUCAAGCUGCGCAGUUCCACCGGCGGACUCAUUUCGUCGGGAGUUUUGCCCCGAACGCAUUUAAUUGUAGUGUGUUGACAGGAAUUUUGUAUCCGAGGGGUGGGAAACAGUGGUUAUACGAGGAGGAGGAGGAGGAGGAGGUAGAGGUGCCAAGGCGUGAGAGAGCUUAUCAGAGGUUUUAGGGUUGGUGGCACAGCAUGGCGGGCAUAGGAGGGCUUGUGGGAGGAAGUGCUCUCGAUGAUGAAUUGAAGCGAAGCAAUGUCGUCCGCUUGCGGGGACUUCCCUUCAGCGCAUCUGAGUCAGAUAUUGCAGAUUUUUUUAAGGGGCUGGAGAUGGGGCCAGAUGGGGUAGUUAUUUGUGUCAACUUCCAAGGAAGGUCUACUGGGCAAGCCUACGUUCAAUUUGCCACCGCAGAGCUGGCUAAUAAGGCUCUCGAACGAAAUCGGCAACAUAUUGGCAGCCGCUAUAUUGAAGUCUUCAAGGGCCACCCAGCAGAUAUGCAGGGAGCAUUGCGUAUGGUGGGGCGAGGAAGUGGGACUGUGACUGGGAGUGGUGCUGUUGCUACCGGAGGCAUCCUCAACACGGGUAUUCCUGGUAUGUCUGGAAAUCCAGAUAUGCGCUACACUGGAGUGGUGCGCAUGCGUGGCAUGCCUUACAGUUGUACGUCUGCGGAUAUCACAGCAUUUUUCAAAGGCAUGCAGGUUGUAGCCGAUGGCAUCUUCCUUUGUACCCAUGCUGAUGGGCGCCCAACAGGGGAGGCAUUUGUUGAGUUUGCAAAUGAAGAAAUAGCCGCGCGAGCGAUGCAGUUACACAGAGAGCCUAUGGGAUCGCGUUAUGUGGAACUUUUUCGCAGCACGAAAGGAGAAAUGAUGACGGCCGUGCAGCAGCGAAUGUAUGGCAUGUUUUCUGGUGCCGGAGGGUUUUCCCAGUUUGGUGUCGGCCAGAUCCCGGGAAUGAUGGGUGCCUUCGGAGUCCAAGGUUUGACGGGGAUGAAUCUAGCCGCUGUACAAGCCGCUGGCUUGGGAAGCAUGACGGGCCUUCAAGGCCUAUCUGAUACAUCUGAACAUGUUUGUAUUAAAAUGCGAGGACUUCCUUACAAUGCUGGUCAGAGGGAAAUCAUGGAUUUUUUUGAGGGAUAUAAUAUUUUGCCAAAUGGCAUACAUAUUGUUAUGGGAGCUACAGAUCGUCCAACCGGUGAGGCUUUUGUGGAGUUCAUUUCUUCUGAUGAAGCCCAGCGUGCAAUGGAGCGUCACCGGCAGAACAUCGGCUCACGUUACAUAGAGUUGUUUAGAGCAACUAAAAGUGAAAUGCUGCUCGCUACUGGAGGAUUAUCAAGUUUCGGUAUGGGGCAGCCCAUGGAUCCAAGUGUUCAACUGCUGCUUUUACAGCAACAGGCAGCCGCAGGGGCUUUUGGGAUGACGGGGUUGAUGGGUGCUCAAGCCACAACAGGCAGCUGGGCGGAUAUGCAAAAUGCUGCGGCAGCUGCAGCCAGCUUUUAUCAACGUCAAGCUGCUGGCCUGACCGGUUCGCCUGCAUCUGUUUCGGCAUUCGAGCCAUCCUCAUCAUCCAAGAUUCGGGGACUUCCAUACAGAACGUCGACGUAGUUUGCCCGGAGCAGAUCGAUGAUGGACAACCCAGGAUGCUCCAGACAGACCUUUUCUGUAGGUUCAGGUUGAGGAAAAACACUUUUUGAACAAUGCGAUGGACCCCAGAUGUUUAUACAGGCUUUGAAAUUAAGAUAUAAUCAUGUGGAUUGGCUCAGUACUUGAAUGCUACCAUGGUCGGUAUGUCAUCAGUGUAGCUUUUCUAGCUGCUGUGUAUGCAACGUUAGAUCAGCACCCUCAUUUGAGCCCCCGGACGACAAUCAUCUGCGAGUCUUAAGCUUUUUGCUGGUAAGACCCGACAAUUCCUUGAACCUCUUGUGACUAUUGAACUUCAAACAACCUUUACUCCUACAGAAUCGUCCUCUUCACAAAACUUUAGUUACCCGCUAUGGAAGGAAUGGAGCUUAUUAAUCUUACGGGCUCGUCAAUCAUCAUCCCACUUGACAAGACAACCCAUGCCGGCAGCGUCUAUUCCAGUGCCGCUUCCAUUCUCCGUGCGAAGCAGCUCUCAUCAUCAUCUUCUGACACUGGCUGAAUCACAACUCUUUACAACUCCCCUGCAUCAAAUGCAUUUAACACCUCAUCUGUUCAAACCCUAGUCUCUUUCACCAUAAAUCUGUCAUGGAUGAGGGUUACCACAGAGGCUUGUUAUUGUCUCUAGAAUCAAUCCUGAGAGAAGGAGAUGAGCAUGGCAUUGAAGGUAUCUCUUCCUCUGCAUCCCCCAAUAAAUAUAAUUACUGUGGAAUGAUGACCCACAAAGGGGAAUUCAUGUGA